AUGUGCUCCUUGUUUGGUUAUACGAUUAUACUUACCCUUUCAUACACAGCUCUUGCUCAGACAUGUUAUUUCCCGAAUGGGGAUGAAUCUGGAUCCGACACAGCGUGCAACCCAAACUCCUUGGUGUCUACCUGUUGCUUCGAGGGCCAAGCAUGUCUUUCGAAUGGGCUUUGCGUCUCAGAUCCACAUAACGCGACGGCGGCACGAUUCCAUCGGGGAACAUGUACCGACAAGAACUGGAAGAGCAGCAACUGCCCUCGGGAGUGUCUGGACAUCGAUAACAACGGUGUGCCAGUAUACAGCUGUAACCAAACGAACACUGAUUCGUAUUGCUGUUUUGACAACUGCAAAUGCAGCAGUCAAUUUGAAACAUUCUCAUUCACUACCGCAGAACUGUAUACCCUGACAAUCAUCGGCGAAUCGUUUACGAACACUCACACGUCCACUUCGGCUACUUCCUUAGUUACUGCCUCGAACUCCGCCACCGUUUCCCAGCCUUCCAGCUCCUCAGUGCAAACGACCGGAAGUGCUACCGCCGGCGCCGUCAAAGCCACAGCAAGCUCAGGUGCGACGGAGCAAAAGUCGUCACCAAAUUCAACCGCUAUUGGUGUCGGCGUCGGCGUAGGAGUAGGAGGCGCUGCCCUUCUCGCUGCAGCUGCAUUCUUCUUCUGGCGACGGAAGAGAGCGAACAAAGCGAGGUACCAAGAGCCUGGAACCUUGUACAAUCCUUCAGAGGCUCCCACCAAUGAGUACUGUCCACCUGCUCAAAAGCAUCCUAGCUCUGAGAACGCCGCUUCAGAACCUCACGCCUUUGAGAUGUCGGCUGAUAACCAUCACCAUCCUGUAGAGCUUCCUGCUGCCGACGCGAUGGCUAAGCAGACGAAGUAG